AUGGAGCCCGGAGCGCGCCCCGCGGGCAGCCCCGCCGCGCUCUCCCGCGAGUACAAGCUGGUGAUGCUGGGGGCCGGCGGCGUGGGCAAGAGCGCCAUGACCAUGCAGUUCAUCAGCCACCGGUUCCCAGAAGAUCACGACCCCACCAUCGAAGAUGCUUAUAAAAUCCGGAUCCGGAUUGAUGAUGAGCCUGCCAAUCUGGAUAUUUUGGAUACGGCUGGACAGGCAGAGUUUACAGCCAUGCGAGAUCAGUACAUGAGGGCAGGAGAAGGGUUUAUCAUCUGUUACUCUAUCACCGAUCGUCGAAGUUUUCAUGAAGUGCGGGAAUUUAAACAGCUUAUUUAUCGAGUUCGACGUACUGAUGACACACCUGUGGUUCUUGUAGGAAACAAGUCUGAUCUAAAGCAGCUAAGACAGGUCACUAAAGAAGAAGGAUCGGCUCUGGCCCGAGAAUUCAGCUGUCCCUUCUUUGAGACAUCUGCUGCAUACCGAUACUACAUUGACGAUGUAUUCCACGCCCUUGUCCGGGAGAUACGUAGGAAAGAAAAGGAGGCCGUACUGGCCAUGGAGAAAAAAUCUAAACCCAAAAACAGUGUAUGGAAGAGGCUAAAAUCACCAUUCCGGAAGAAGAAGGAUUCAGUAACUUGA